CUCUCCCGCCGCUGCAGUUGGUUUAGAUCACACACACACACACACACACACCGCAUCCCGCAUCUCGCUCGCGCUCCCAGGAAGGGACAGUGCUGAGUUUGCUACUCAUUUACUACACGGGAGGCUGCGGAGCAAGCCACGCGAGCGCCAAAGUCUGCGGAAAAGUCAACAGAAGAGAAGGAGCAGGAGCUGUGGUGAAGCCAGUCAGGAGGAGCGAGAGGGGCAGCUGCUGAGGAGCCAGUAGGACGUCCUUGUCCGGGACAGUGUUGCGGCGUUCUUCUUCCAGGAAGGGAGGGGGGAGGGGGCUGAUCUGCAGCCAUGCACCGCUUAAGGACUACAGUUGCAAGGCUUCGGUCUUUAACGGCUGCACAGACGGCCCAGAGCCUAUCGCAGCCCAGAUUGUUGGCGACCGAAGGGGGCUUAAGGACGCUUCAGCUUGUGAGGUGCCUGAACACAUCUGUGGCUGCUGAGCCCUUUCUUAAUGGCACCAGCUCUAACUAUGUGGAGGAGAUGUACUAUGCAUGGCUGGAGAAUCCCAGGAAUGUGCACAAGUCCUGGGAUAUAUUUUUCCGUAAUGCUAACGCUGGGGCUCCGCCUGGUGCGGCCUACCAGAGCCCUCCACCCCUCAGUGGGACUUCUCAGGGGCUGCCCGGUGUCCAGGCACUGGUCGGGGGUCAGCACAGUGUGGAGAAGCUGGUGGAGGAUCAUCUAGCAGUACAAUCACUCAUACGAGCAUACCAGGUACGAGGGCAUCACAUAGCCAAGUUGGACCCCCUGGACAUCAGCUGUGUAGACUUCGACGAUGCCCCGUGUACCGUUGGUUUGCAGAACGUUGGUUUUUACGGGCUGGCUGAAUCCGACCUGGACAAAGUGUUCCGGCUUCCCACCACCACCUUCAUCGGUGGCAAUGAGAACACUUUGCCACUCAAAGAGAUUAUAUGCCGCCUUGAGAUGGCCUACUGUCAGCAUAUAGGAGUAGAGUUUAUGUUCAUUAACGACGUUGAGCAGUGUCAGUGGAUCAGACAGAAGUUUGAGACACCAGGAAUCAUGCAGUUCAGUCUGGAGGAGAAGAGGACUCUUUUGGCCAGAAUGAUCCGAUCCACAAGGUUUGAGGAGUUUCUCCAGAGGAAGUGGUCUUCAGAGAAACGAUUCGGUCUGGAAGGUUGCGAAUCGCUCAUCCCGGCCCUCAAGACCAUAAUCGACAAGUCCAGUCAGAGCGGAGUGGAGAGUGUGAUCAUGGGGAUGCCUCACAGGGGCAGGCUGAAUGUGCUGGCUAAUGUGAUCCGGAAGGAGCUGGACCAGAUCUUUUGCCAGUUUGACUCUAAACUGGAGGCUGCAGAUGAGGGUUCAGGUGAUGUGAAAUAUCACUUGGGGAUGUUUCACAAGAGGGUGAACCGGGUCAGCGACCGUUUGAUCACGAUGUCACUCAUGGCGAACCCGUCCCACCUGGAAGCAGUGGACCCAGUGGUGCAGGGAAAGACCAAAGCUGAGCAGUUCUACUGUGGAGACACUGAGGGCAAGAGGGUGAUGUCUGUUCUGCUUCACGGUGAUGCUGCAUUCGCAGGCCAGGGUAUCGUGUACGAGACGUUCCACCUGUCUGACCUGCCAUCCUACACCACACAUGGCACCAUACAUGUGGUGGUCAACAACCAGAUUGGUUUCACCACAGAUCCCAGGAUGGCACGUUCAUCUCCUUAUCCUACAGAUGUAGCACGGGUCGUCAACGCUCCCAUCUUUCACGUCAACGCAGACGACCCAGAGGCUGUCAUGUAUGUGUGUAAGGUAGCAGCCGAGUGGAGGAACACUUUCCAUAAAGAUGUGGUCGUAGAUCUGGUGUGUUACAGACGUAACGGCCAUAAUGAGAUGGAUGAGCCCAUGUUCACUCAGCCUCUGAUGUACAAGCAGAUCAAGAAGCAGAAAGGGGUCCUGAAGAAGUUUGCUGAAAAACUCAUCGCUGAGGGAGUCGUCACAACACAAGAGUACGAGGAAGAAGUAGCUAGGUACGACAAAAUCUGUGAGGAAGCUUACACCCGCUCCAAAGAUGAGAAGAUCCUUCACAUCAAACACUGGCUGGACUCACCAUGGCCUGAUUUUUUCACACUGGAGGGACAGCCAAAAACUAUGAGCUGCCCUUCCACUGGCAUCAGUGAAGAAGACCUCGGCCAUAUUGGAAACAUUGCUUCCUCUGUCCCAGUGGAAGACUUCACUAUACACGGAGGUUUGAGUCGUAUCCUGAAGGGCCGUGCGAAUAUGGUGAAUCAGCGAGUGUGUGACUGGGCUCUUGGGGAAUAUAUGGCCUUCGGGUCUCUGCUCAAAGAGGGGAUCCAUGUACGCCUCAGCGGACAGGAUGUGGAGAGGGGCACAUUCAGCCAUCGACACCAUGUUCUUCAUGACCAGAACGUUGAUAAGAGGAUCUGCAUCCCAAUGAACUACAUCUCCCCUGAUCAAGCACCUUACACUGUCUGCAACAGCUCUCUGUCUGAAUAUGGAGUACUGGGUUUUGAAUUAGGCUUUGCCAUGGCCAGUCCCAACGCGCUGGUUCUGUGGGAGGCCCAGUUCGGAGACUUUCAUAACACAGCUCAGUGUAUCAUCGACCAGUUCAUCAGCUCAGGUCAGGCCAAGUGGGUCAGACAGAACGGCAUUGUGCUGCUGCUUCCUCACGGCAUGGAGGGAAUGGGUCCAGAGCACUCGUCUGCCCGCCCUGAAAGGUUUCUACAGAUGUGCAACGAUGACCCUGAUGUUUUCCCUAAACUGUCAGAGGACUUUGCAGUGCGUCAGCUGUACGACUGUAACUGGAUCGUUGUCAGCUGCUCUACUCCUGCAAACUACUUCCACGUUCUGCGCAGACAGAUCCUGCAGCCCUUCAGGAAGCCUCUGAUAAUAUUUACUCCCAAGUCGCUGUUGCGCCAUCCUGAGGCCAAGUCCAGCUUUGAUGACAUGCUGCCAGCCACCGACUUCAAGCGGAUAAUCCCCGACGACGGGCCUGCAGCUGCCAGCCCAGGAAAGGUGAAGAGAGUCGUUUUCUGCACCGGCAAGAUUUACUAUGAACUGACCCGCGAACGCAAGAACAGAGGCAUGGACGAGGCUGUAGCUGUUGUCCGCAUCGAACAGCUCUCACCGUUCCCGUUUGAUCUGGUGAAAGCAGAGACUGAUCGUCAUCCCAACGCUGAUCUGGUGUGGUGUCAGGAAGAGCACAAGAACCAGGGCUACUACGACUACGUCAAGCCCCGCAUCCGUACCACCAUCAACCACACCCGCCCCGUCUGGUAUGCUGGUCGUGAGUCCGCAGCAGCUCCAGCUACUGGGAACAAGCAGACUCACCUCACAGAGCUGCAGCGUUUACUGGACACGGCGUUCGAUCUGGAAGCAUUCUCAGGAAAACUGUAACAACUGGUCUCCACCUCCCUCCACUCAUAGACACACACACACACACCCCAAGACUGGCUUUACCCUUUGCCUACAACAUUUUGCAUUGAUGUGUUUUUCCUCAGUAUAUUUACAUAUCAGACCUGUUAUCACAAAACGCACAAUGACCUACUGACUUCUAACACUGUUACCAUGACGACCUCGUGUUCACAGCGAUGGACACUGUUAUAGAAAAGAAAUGUAAGUAAACCUGCAUUGAAUGCGUGAAUAUACAAAAUUAAUCUGUGAGACAAAGAGAUUAAAUUACAUACUUCAUUUGCUUUUUAUUUUGUUAAUUACAAAAUAAUUUCUACCUGCUCUGCACAUCCAGAAUCCUACCGAAACACUGAGUGCAAUCACCUGCUGAACGUUCGUUAUCAUUUUUGAUCUGUGGCAGAUUGCAUGAAAUGGAAAAGGUUUUAGUCGGACAACCGCAGGAAAUAUUGGAAACAGUGACGCACAUAUUUAAAGGAAUAGUUCCACGUUCUGGGAAAUAAGCUUAUUUGCGUUCUUGCCGAGAGUUAGAUGAGAUCGAUACCACCCUCUGCUAGCUUAGCUUAGCAUAAAGGCUGGAAACAGAGGGAAACAGCUAGCCUGUCUUGGGCCUGAGUUAACAAAAUCUGCUUACCAUCACCUCUAAAGCUUCACAUGUUAUAUCUCAUUUGUUUAAUACAUACAUAAACCAAAGUGUAAAAAUGACAAUUAUGGUUUUAAGGGUGCUUUGACUUUUCUAAGCUUUAAAGGUGUUGGUAGGCUGAUUUUUUUAAAACUCUGGACAGAGCCAGGCUACCUGUUUUCAGUCUUUAUGCUAAGCUAAGCUAAUGGCAUGAGAGUGGUAUCAUUCUUCUCAUCUAAUUCUCAGCAAGAAAGCAGAUAAUCGUCUUUCCCAAAAUGUCAAACUAUUCCUUUCAACUGGAUUUGAAUGUCCAGCGGUGUGAUAUUGACCACAUGCGACCUGGCAGUGCGUUAUAACCUGAGAUUGGUGAAAAAGGAAAAGGUAUUGUUGAUCAUUUGAGACGUUUCGGCCGAGUUACGAGCUGAAUGGUUGAAAUUAAGAACAGUGGGGCUAAUUUUAAGCGCCUUUAUAAUGUAUUGGAGUUAGCCCUCACAUAUUAUAUACAGUGACGAAAGUUAAACUUCUAGAAAACAUGAUGCCUGCCUUUUGUUUAAAAGGGUUUUUCAGUUAAACAGUCUGUAAAUACAGACUCGUCAAAGGUGCUCAACAUAUUUCUGCACUUUUAUCUGAGUUCAGCAGUGACUUUAAAAUGAAGUGUUGUUUAUCUCCGUGUGAACAGAGGGGAGGCUCGCUGUUUCAGACAUCACAUGCACCCACAUCCAACAUAAACGCAUGUCUUAUUUUUCAGUUUGUAACUAUUAAUUUUUUCCAUUUUUCAUAUGUUCUGCUUCAAUUCUUCCCAAAUCCCUAUUUAUUUUCUCCUCCGCGGUUCACUCACCGUCCUGCCGCAUCACUGUUGAACGUCUGUUUGUGCCAAAUGUAACAGAAUACUUGAAAUUACAGUUUCAUUUGAAUAAAUAAAGAAAGCCAGCAACGGUAGAUACUUGUGUAAAGACAUGAUGAGAUUCCUCAGCUCUUCAGAUUUGAAAGCUGUAUUUAUUUUUCAUAUUGUGUUGUAUGUUUUAUUGUUUUCAAUAAACAAAGCAGAACUGUG